ACCAUUAAGAUUGCUACGUCGACCGAAGUCAUCGGAGCGGAACGUUGCGUGAAGACGUGGAUUCUGUUUAAUGUUGAUGUUGAGAAGUAUCAGAAAAAUGUCGCAUCAGUGUUCGAUUGAGGCAUUUAACAAGGUGAUUAAUACAACCGAGGAAAAGUUAAAGAUUCUGCGCCAAAAUAUUGCGAUUGCCAAACAAGAUGUGACAAUAUCACUCGCUAAGAGUAUGGAAAGUCGGCUAGAAGGUGAAAAUAUUGAAUUGCAGAAACAAGUAGCGGGUUUGAAACGUAAAUUAUGUGAAGCAGAAGUUGCAAAUGGAACCAAACAAAUUUCAAUAACUAGUCCCGUUAACCAACCACAGACAGUUAUUGAGAAGGUGGAAAAAGUAAAGGAUGUCUUAGUAAAAAAUAAAAGUAAGGAAGUAAAAGAGAAAAAGAAGAAUAAUCCAAAAGUCAAGCCAGAACAAAACUCUGAAGUGACGGUCUCAAAAUUAGAUUUCAGGGUGGGAAAGAUUGUUUCUGUCCAACAUCAUCCUGAUGCUGAUUCUCUGUAUCUUGAACAAAUUGAUGUUGGUGAAGAUAAAACAAGAACUGUGGUAACUGGCGUGGUUAAACACAUUCCUAUUCAUGAGAUGGAAAAUAGAAGUGUUGUUGUUAUGUGCAAUCUUAAACCUGCAAAAAUGAGAGGAAUUCUGUCUCAGGCAAUGGUGAUGUGUGCAAAUACAACAGAAAAGGUUGAAAUAAUUGACCCACCAAAGGAUGCAGUGCCGGGUGACAAAGUUUCAUUUGAAGGAUAUGAUGGAGAACCUGAUUCAAUGUUGAAUCCAAAGAAAAAAGUUUUUGAAAAAAUUCAGCCUGAUCUAAACACAGAUAAUAAUUGUGUUGCAUGUUAUAGGGGGGUGCCGUUUACCAUUAAAGGAAAGGGGGUCUGUAAAGUGAAAACCAUGAAGAACUCCAGCAUAAAAUAAACUAUUUGUAACUUUUAUCAGUAUAACACGGUUGCAACAUUUAACUAAAACUAGUCUUUACAUAACAUAUAAUUCAAAUUUUGUUUCCAAACUGUUUUGCUGCUGCUGCUGUAAUAAAUUAGGUUUUAUUAGAAUUUGCUGCAUUUACCAUUGGAAUUAUUUAACCAACAAAAUAAUAAUGGAUGUUGCAUUGGACCUUGCUAACAUGAGCAGAUACAUCUCGCCAGUGAACCCUGCUAUAUAUCCCCAUCUAACUCUAAUUCUACUCGGUAUCGGACUUUUUUUUACAGCAUGGUUCUUUGUCUAUGAGGUGACCUCAACAAAAUAUACACGAGACUUUCAUAAGGAGGUUCUGAUGGCCAUGGUUGGAUCAUUUUUUAACGGAUUUGGAAUUUUGUUUCUCCUUCUUUGGGUUGGAAUCUUCGUAUAGUUAAAUUAUGUUGUGGUGGAAUCAACGAAUCACGAAAGCUUCGCACUAGUGUUGAUACUUGACACUGAAAUUCUAUGAAUAGUUAUGAAGCAUAUUUGUAAUAAACACUUCCUUCUAAUAAACAUAAGAACACGCAUGUGUUGUAAUAA